AUGAAGCUGUUCCUCAAGGGCGAACGCUGCUACGCGGAGAAGUGCGCCAUCGAGAAGAGAAAUGUCCCUCCCGGUCAACAGGGCCGCCGGCGCCGGCCCAACAAGGUCGUAGGCUACGGAUCGCAGCUUCGCGAAAAGCAAAAGGUCAAGCGAACGUACGGCGUGCUCGAAAGCCAGUUCCGCCGGUAUUUCGCAGCGGCCGAGCGCCAGCGUGGUAUCACGGGCGAGACUCUGCUGCAGUUGUUGGAGCGUCGGCUCGACAAUGUGGUCUAUCGCCUCGGGUUGGCGACCUCCAGGCCGCAGGCGCGGCAGCUCGUGCGCCAUGGGCACCUGCGCGUCAACGGCCAUCGCGCUGAUAUUCCGUCCUAUUCGCUCAAGGCGGGAGACGCCAUUACCGUGCGAGAACGCAGCGCCGGGAAGGCAUCGAUUCUCUACGCGAUGGAAGAGGUUAAAGGCCGUGGUAUUCCCGACUGGCUGGAGUUCGAUGCCAGCACGUUGACGGGCCGGGUAGCUUCGCUGCCGACCCGCGAUCAGAUCAACCUGCCGGUGCAGGAGCAACUGAUCGUCGAGCUGUAUUCGAAAUAG